CCGGCGGAAUUCUUCGAAGUUUAAAAAACAAAUACAUAAUGGAUCGUUGGCAGAAUCGCGUGGCUGUUGUUACUGGAGCCAGUUCGGGAAUUGGAGAAGCCUGCUGCAAGGACUUGGUGGCCAAGGGCUUGAUCGUUGUGGGACUAGCUCGUCGGGAGGAGCGCUUGAAGCAGCUGAAGGAAUCUCUACCGGCGGAUCAGCAGCCUCGCUUUCACAUUCGCAAAUGCGACGUCAGUGUGGAGCAGCAGGUGGUGGAUGCCUUCGCCUGGGUGGAUGAGACUUUGGGAGGCGCCGAUGUCCUUGUAAACAACGCAGGCAUUGCUAGAGAUUCCCAAAUUGUCAAAGCGGAUAACUCCGCCGACAUGCGUGCCAUUCUGGACACCAACGUUCUGGGAUUUGUCUGGUGCACCCGAGAGAUAUUCCGAUCGCAGCAAAAGCGAAAUGUUACCGACGGCCAUGUGGUGGUCAUCAAUAGUAUUGCGGGUCACAAAGUUCCAAUUAUGCCGAACUUUAGCUUCAAUAUGUAUUCGCCAUCGAAGUUUGCCGUGACAGCUUUGACAGAGGUCCUGCGCCAGGAGUUUUUACAGAAGAAAACCCAGACAAAGAUUACGAGCAUUAGUCCCGGUGCCGUUGAUACGGAGAUCAUUGAUGAAAGAGUUAGGGUGAAUUUCCCUGAAUUCCCCAUGCUACGAGCGGAGGAUGUUGCCGAUGCCGUUUCCUAUUGCAUCCAGACUCCUCCAAAUGUCCAGAUUCAUGAGUUGACCAUUAAGCCUAUAGGAGAAAACUUUUAAUUUGAUAUUAAUAGCUUGUAAUAUAUAUAUAUAUAUGUGAUUAAAAAGAAAGAAAAAAAAAUGUUGACAAGAAUUUGUACUUAUUUUUAGGGUACUAUAUUUCAAAAGUUUUUUAACUCAUAUUUCAGUCACACAUAAAACACUAAAGGGUA